AUGAUUCGUGUUUUAUGUCAUUGCUGUUACUGUCCCCGAAGGCCGAUUGAAGCCGAUGAAAGAAGGACCCCUCAAGGUUUAUUUUACCGGGACCUCCCACAUUUCAUCAAUGCAGAUGGGAGUCGCCUGUUCUGUAGAUACUGGAUGCCAAAGACACCAGUCAGAGCACUAAUGAUGAUAAUACAUGAUGCGGGUGAACACAGUGGCCGCUACGAGAACUUAGUUGAGUUAUUCUUGGAGCUUUCCUUGCUCGUCUUCUCGCAUGAUCAUGUUGGACACGGACAGAGUGAAGGGAAGCGUCUGAAUAUAUCGGAUUUCAGAAUUUACAUCCGUGACUGCCUGCAACACAUCGACAUAAUGAAGAGGCAGCAUCCAAAUCUAAAGCUUUAUACCAUUUCCUUCUCCAUGGGAGGACUGAUACAAAUCUAUAUCAUGAACAAGAGACCAAAUAUUGUGGCAGGGGCAAUUUUUCUAGCACCCCUGGUCCUCAUGAAUCCUGAAUCAGCAACUCCAAUUAAGAUGUUUCUGGCCAAAGUGAUGUAUCACAUGUUACCACGCUUACCCCUGGGGUACAUAGAUCCCCAUGCAAUAUCCACCAACGAACAUGAGGUGGUGAGCUACAUAAAUGAUCCUCUCGUCUGUAACGGACCAGUGAAUGUAAAGUACUUUGUUGAGGUGUUACAUGCACUAAGUAAGAUAGAAAAGGUUUUCCCCACCAUCAGCUCUCCUCUGUUGAUAAUGCAUGGUGAUUGGGACGCACUCUCAGACAUCAGGGGUUCCUUCAUCAUGUACGGCAAGGUGGCAAGCAUAGACAAAACGUUUAAGAUCUUUCAGAGUGCCUUUCAUGACCUCCACCAUGAGCAGCCAGAUAUUGUUAAUGAGGUGUUGGCGUCUUUGAAAGCAUGGCUUAUGGAGCGAUUACCAUCUGAAAAUGCAACUGAUUUGUGA